AUCCACAGUCACCAAGACCUCGUCCUGGUUCCCCGACAUACACGCAUAAAUUACCAAGCCCUCGUAGCCCACGGAAACCAAAAAACAACAAACACCACAGCAACACACAGAAGAACAGUGCUAAAGAGUGUUGUAGAGGAAAUAUAUAGCAACCUUAUAGAGAGUAGGAGUAUGGAAAAAAGUUAUUUAUAAGUUGUACUGCAGCUCUAUGAUUCACACCAAUUCUCAAGUUCAACAGCCACAUUUUCAGAGAGUCUAUUUAUACCACAGGGAGAAAAGUUUACAACAUCGUAUUUAGAUUGUUACAUGUUUUGGAAUUAUUAAAACUAUGCAAUUCGUGUCCAUGGAAAUGUGCUUAUUUCUGUUAUUUGGGUUUUCUCAUUCUGGAAAAAUUCUUAAUUAUGGUGGAACAUUCAAGGAUAUUGUGUUCUAAGGUGGAUGUGUGUAUAGUGAAUUUAGGAUACAUUGUGGCUUUUUUGUUGCAAAAUGUUGGUUUCUACAUUGGUUGAUGAAAGUGGUCAGAGAUAAAGUAUGAUAUAAUCCAAGUUUUCUCGUUCUCUCCAGAUGUGCCUUAUGUAAAGAAUAGUUAAUAAUCAUUGUCAAUGUGCCAAAAGUCAGAAGAAGUUUUUAAAAAAAUAUCUUGAAGGACUUGAAGCCUACUUAAUUAUACAGGUAGUGCAAUAUAAAAAGUGCCAAAAUAUGUUAAUAAAAGAACUUCUUUGAUUUGAAAAAAAGAUUGUCAAAUGAGAAAUCUUUGCAGUGCCAAAAAGUACGAAAGGAAAUCAGAUGAAACUUAAUUAAUAAAUUAGGAAUUCACAAAAGUGCAAAUCUGAAAACCAAUUCUACUGACAUUGAAAAAGGGCAGCAAAAAAUUUCAGUAAAUGUUUCAAAAAAUCAAAACUCUACCUCAUUGACUUUUAUUUGAGGAUAACAGAAUCUCAAAAUGCAGAAGAAAUAUGCUUGUAUUAAAUAUGUACAUUCGCAGGUGACACUGUAUCAUACCUGUAAAAUAGAUAUUAGAUGGAAACGUUCAGUUCACAACUGUGUUCUUUGUGAUUCACUGCAGUUUAAAAAAAUAGGAGCUGAGUGUAAUUGUGUUCAUUAUGGAAUAUGUUCAGCAGUGUCAUUACCAAUACCACUCCCUGGAGCAACAUGCAAGAAAAUUAAAGUGCGUAAAAUCCCAGUAAAUGUUCCAGCACGAAAAGCUCCUGUUGAUCUGCCUAUUAAAAUCCCUGUUGAUCUUCCAGUAAAAUCACCAGUAAAUAAUCUGGUUCAUUUGCCAGUAACAGUAUAUAGUCCAAACCGAACAUUAAUAGCCGUCAAUAACUUGAAUCGAUCAGCAGUUGAGGUCAACAGUCCGCACCAUACGGCAAUUGGCGUCAAUAUUCAAAUAAAGACACCGGUCAAUGUUCAGAUCAAAACUCCAGUGAAGACCCCAGAAAAUACAUUAGCCAGUUUACCUGUGAGGUCCCCCGUCAAUCUUCCGAUCAGGACAUCAAUUGACGUUCAAGACAGUCCACAAGUUAAUGUUUCUAUAAGAACACCGGACAAUGUAUCGGAGAAAACUUCAGACAAUAUUUCUCUUCGCCCGUCUGAUAAUGUUUCAUUAAGAACAUCAGAUAAUGCGUUAUUAAUAAUGUCAGAUAAUUCAUCAAGAACACAGGACAAUGUUCCUGUAAAUAUACCUGUGCAAGGUUUUCCUAGUAUUCAACCAAAAACUCCUCCACCAGAGCAAUCUGUUCAACUGGUGUUUAACAACAACCAAGAAAAGGAUUGCGGAGUACAGGAGAGAAAAGAUCGCGAAAAAAAGGCAGAAAAAGACAGUCAACAGAAUAUUAUAAUUACAAACUCAAAAAUUGAAAAUGAAAAUAAGACUAAAAUAUGUGGGUUACCCAUCCCAAAGCAAAGUGCCAAUAUUCCUAAGUUUUAUUUUCCGACUGGUAAGCCUGUGCCUUCAACAGACAAUGAUUUGAUCAUACAACAGGUAGCAGCAGAGUUCUCUAAAUUGGAUUAUGGAAAAGUUCAUAAAGAUAAAAUGGGUGCCAUAGCAAAGGCAUGUAGUUUACCAACAUUCUGGAAAUGUCCAUUAUUCCGAGCGGCUGGUGGAGAACAAAAAGGUUUUAUUACAUUUGAGUCCUUCACUAGUAUGUGGAAAAAAGUUUGUGAUGGUCGCCAUGAUACAGCGUCAAGGUUUAUAUAUUUAUUGGCUAAACCAGAUGUUGAUUACCUUCUUUAUGGAGACUUUGAACCUUUAAUUCAGGAUAUCGUAGAAACACAUCCAGGUUUAACAUUUUUAUUAGAAGCUCCAGAAUUUCACUCCAGAUAUGUUAAUACGGUUAUAUCUAGAAUAUAUUUUUGUGCCAAUCGGUCAUGGUCUGGUAAAUUAACGGCUAAUGAAUUACGGAAAAGUAAUUUUUUACAAACAUUAGAAAGAUUAGAAGAAGACGAUGAUAUAAAUCAAGUUACAGAUUAUUUUUCUUAUGAACAUUUUUAUGUUAUUUAUUGUAAAUUUUGGGAAUUAGAUAAAGAUCAUGAUUUAUAUAUAGAUAUGAAAGAUUUAUACCGACACAAUGAUCAUGCCUUAUCGUUACGAGUUAUAGAUAGAAUAUUCUCAGGGGCUGUAUCACGUGGUAGUACAUUUCAAGAAGGUAAGAUGAGUUAUACGGAAUUCGUCUGGUUUUUAAUCGCCGAAGAAGACAAAAGACAUCCAAGAAGUAUAGAAUAUUGGUUUAGAUGUAUGGAUCUAGAUGGAGAUGGUGUCAUAUCCAUGUAUGAAAUGGAACAAUUCUAUGAGGAACAGAUGCAGAAAAUGGAGGAAUUAGGAAUUGAAAAGCUACCAUUUGAAGAUUGCUUGUGUCAGAUGUUGGAUUUGGUUCGUCCAGAGGUCAAAGAUCAAGUAACUCUCAAAGACUUAAAGAAAUGUAAAAUGGCUGACAUUUUCUUUGAUACUUUCUUUAAUCUGGAUAAAUUCUUGGACCAUGAACAACGUGACCCCUUUGCUAAUAUCAGGGAUCCUGAGACCGAUGGACCGGAACCAUCUGCUUGGGAAAAAUAUGCAGCGGAGGAAUAUGACAUACUGGUUGUAGAAGAAGGAGCUAACGAACAUGACCUAAAUGAAAUAAAUUAUGAGGAUGAUUUUGAAGGUGACGAUGAUGAUGAAUAUUUGGACCAGGGUUUGAUUCAUGUGGAUGAUGCAGACAAUCGCAAGACAAAUCCUCGCGGAAAAUCUUCUACCACAGACGAUAUUUAUGACUUCAGUACUAAAAACUUGGGCUAUUGAAUUGUGUUUUACUAUAUUAUUAUUGUUGCCAUGAUUAUUGUUACUCGGUAUGUCAAUGUUGCCAUGAACACAAAUAAUUUUUGCAUCAAGUAAGAAUAAGUAAUUGAAUUCUGUGCUCUCCAUGAUGAAAUUUCCAGGAUCUGAAUAUUGUUAACUAUUGGUGAUGAUAAUAUAUUACAAUAAAUUAAUGCUACCAUUUUAAAGUGCAAAAAUAUAACGACCCAUAAAUGUGUUGAAUUCAUGCUACAUGUACAUUUUGUUGUAAACAGAAAAUAUAUUAAUCAUAUGAAAGUAGCAAUAUUUUUAUUAAGUUAUCAAACAAAUCACUUCUAAUCUUUACAUGCAAUUAAUACACACUAUAUUACAACUAUCUAUAGCUCACUGUAUGGUACAAUAAUCAACGUUUCUUAAAUUAGUUGGCUACCCAAAGAGCGUACAGUAAGCAAAGUUAUCAAUAGCUAAGAAUUAAGAUAGUUGCUUGUAACAAAAUGAUUAGUAAAUUUAACAAAUAGUUUGAUUGUGUCAGAUGAAUGAAGUCAUAUUAUUCUGGCUAGCCGAACGUGGAGACACACUAGGUGAAUCCUUCGCCCAAUUCACCAGUCGAUUGCAUCACCUUUCACGUCACAUGAUUAAACAUGGCAGCAACCAUGUCUUCAAACAAUCAUGUGAAUUUAAUGUUAAUCCGCAUUUGAUGGUAAAUUCAGCUCUUCUUGGCAAAACAUAAUGUUAAUACUAUCUAAGUUAUUGUUAAUGAAUUAUAGAGAAUGAAAUUUGUUUUACUAUAAUGGUAAAGUGUGAAAUUUAGACCACACAAAUAAAAGGAAUAGGUUCUCAGGCACCACCUGCUCGUGACAAAUUGAGCUCAGGGAUGAUUUUUUAUCAUGCAACUAAACAAAAAGAUACUGCGUGAAAUUAUCUUGGCAGAAUGUACAUAUGUGAUUAAAGUAUUAUUAAGUGAUAAAACAAA